AUGGAGCUAAGGGCGCAGGAGGCCGCUGCCCACCCGUUCCCGUCACCAAGACCAAGGUCGACGGCCGCGUCGGCUUCUCCCCGCGAGCUCGACGAGCUCAUGGCCGGCCGACGCCUCCCCUCCAGCGGCGAGAUGUGCCAGCCUCCCGACGGACGGCCGCACCUUCCCCAACCUCGUCGUCAUAACACACGAGGAAUGACGAGCGGGAGGCCCGGGCAAGAGGAUGAGGAAGGCGACGUGGACGAGGUAAGCGUCGACGAAGCUCUCCUGCCGAUCCCUAGGAGGAGCCAGGACUGCAAGGAGCUAGGAGAGGUGAGCUUAGCGGUGGGCGCCGAGGUGAAGCGGCAGCUGUGGCUCGCCGGCCCGCUCAUCGUCGGCAGCCUGAUGCAGAACCUGAUCCAGACCAUCUCCGUCAUGUUCGUCGGGCACCUCGGCGAGCUGCCCCUCGCCGGCGCGUCCAUGGCCACCUCUUUCGCCACCGUCACCGGAUUCAGCUUGCUGACAGGCAUGUCCAAUGCUCUGGACACUCUAUGUGGCCAAGCAUUUGGCGCCGGCCAAUACCACCUCCUUGGCAUAUACAAGCAACGCGCCAUGCUGCUACUCACAGUCGUAAGCAUCCCUGUCGCCAUCAUGUGGUUCUACACUGGUCAGAUCAUGCUCCUGUUCGGCCAAGACCCCGAGAUCGCCAUGGAGGCAGGCAUGUACGCCCGGUGGAUGAUCCCCGGCCUCUUCGGCUAUGGACUACUGCAGUGCCACGUUCGUUUCUUGCAGUCGCAAAACACCGUGCUCCCGGUCAUGGUGAGCGCCGGCGCGGCCGCUCUGUUCCAUCUGCUCGCCUGCUGGCUGCUCGUGCACGUUGCCGGGAUGGGCAGCAAGGGCGCGGCUCUGAGCACCGCCGUCUCCUACUGGGUCUACGUGAUCUUACUGGCCAUGUACGUGAGGGUGUCGAGCUCUUGUAAGCAGACGUGGACCGGGUUCUCCAUGCAAGCCUUCCAUGGGGCGCACGACUUUCUCAGGCUCGCCGUGCCGUCUGCUCUCAUGCUUUGCUUGGAAUGGUGGUCGUUCGAAAUCCUCGUGCUGCUUUCAGGACUUCUUCCAAAUCCUAAGCUGGAAACAUCCGUCCUAUCAAUCACACUCAACACGGCUAACUGUCUCUUCAUGAUUCCCUACGGCCUCGGCGCUGCCAUAAGAUCGUGCUUCGUGCAGCACCCGUGUCUCGAACGAGCUCGGGGCGGGGCGGCCACGGGCAGCCCGCCUCGCCGUGCACGUCAUCAUGUUCUUGGCCAUCUCGGAAGGAACCGUCAUGGCUGCGGUCGUGGUCCGUGUGCGCUACAUCUGGGGCCACGCUUACAGCAGCGAGGAGGAGGUCGUGUCAUACGUUGCCAGGAUGCUGCUGGUGAUCUUGGUGGUCAACUUUUUCGACGGGAUUCAGUGUGUUCUCUCAGUCUGUAUAUAGGUGUUGCUAGAGGCUGUGGGUGGCAGAAGAUGUGUGCCUUCAUCAACCUUGGGGCAUUCUACGUUGUCGGCGUGCCGGCGGCCUACCUCAUAGCCUUCGUGUUGCGCGUCGGCGGGAUGGGCCUUUGGAUGGGGAUCAUCUGCGGUGUUCUGGUGCAGGUCAUGCUGCUCACGAUCAUCACACUGUGCACCAAUUGGCAGAAGGAGGCGAUGAAGGCGAAGAACAGAGUGUUCAAUUCUUCUAUUCCGACGGAUCGAUCUACUCAUGACAUGAAGAUAAGUAUGGAGGUCUCGUGCUACUGA